AUGUUGUCCUCCUGGCCAUCAACGAAUGGGCAAAACAAUGCUACGCUUCGGCUGCAAAUCGUUCCACAGGACGUUACCGUAAUUGUUGGCGCAAAACAGAAUGUUACGGUCCGGCUGGUGGGGGUGCUAUCGCAGACUGCGACCGUUAACUUCACCCAAACGAAUGCUACGGAAGGAAAUGAUUAUGUUAAAUUGGUACCACCGACACUCGGUUUCGAUCCUCCUCCAUCCCAUUUCGUCAAUCAGACCGAGCGAAUUUCGUUGGUCGGACUGCGUGCUGGUAUAUUUGAUUUGCUGGCACAUUUUUCGCCCCCAACCGAAUUGCUGGAUGCAACCCAGGCAUUCGUACGGGUCACGGUUGCCAAAUCGGGGAAAUGGAUCGUGGUGUCGUCCGUCAUCGGCUGGCAGUACUUCCUCGCCUGGACGUGGUCCUUCUGGCCGCAGAUUUGGGAGAACCGUGCACGGGCCAGUGUAGUUGGAUUAUCUUUCGACUAUCUUGCGUUAAACUUUGUAGGGCACUCGAUGUAUGCUGCGUUUAACUGUGCCCUAUUUUGGAGCGAUUCUGUACAGGAAGAGUACCUACGACGCAAUCCGCGUGGUUUGAUUCCUGUGUUAGCCAAUGAUGUGGCAUUUUCCCUUCACGCCGUAUUCGCUACCACGCUAAUCAUAGGGCAGUGUUUCUUCUACGAGCGAGGCCAGCAGAAGGUGUCGUACGUCGCCCGGUCCCUGAUGACCCUGUUUGGGCUGGUUGCACUCAUAUCUGGGGUGCUGGUCACAACCGGAACAUACCAUUGGUUGGACUUUUUCUACAAUCUUAGCUACAUCAAACUAGCAAUUACACUGCUAAAGUACAUUCCUCAAGCCGUUCUCAACUACCGCCGAAAGACUACCGUUGGUUGGAGUAUAGGUAAUGUUCUGUUUGACUUUACCGGUGGCUCCUUGAGCAUGAUUCAAAUGCUGAUCAAUGGCUACAACUAUGACGAUUGGGAUUCCAUAUUUGGCGAUGGGGCCAAAUUUGGACUCGGCCUGUUCUCCGUACUAUUCGAUGUGCUAUUCAUAGUCCAGCAUUACGUUCUGUACAGAAAUUCCAACUAUAUUGAACUACAAGGAGAAAAUUAUCCGGGCCCGGGAAGCGUCACUACUUCACCUCGUCAGAGUGUAUCGGCUUAA